GUUAAAGGGGGGAUACACAGUGUAAAAUGCAAUCAUUGUUGACUCACUGUGCACCCGUGUUGAUGAUGACUCACUGUGCACAUAUAAUUUAAUUGCUGCGCUUUCUCCUCUCCCCGCCACCAUAAUUCCACGGUAAGCAGAAAAGAUUUGAUCGGAAAAUGGAAAUGAGGAGUGGUAGGGUAGUAGGAGGCGUUCCGUUGAAUAUUGAUACACAGUGUAAAAUGCAAUCAUUGUUGACUCACUGUGCACCCGUGUUGAUGACUCACUGUGCACCCGUGUUGAUGAUGACUCACUGUGCACAUAUAAUUUAAUUGCUGCGCUUUCUCCUCUCCCCGCCACCAUAAUUCCACGGUAAGCAGAGAAGAUUUGAUCGGAAAAUGGAAAUGAGGAGUGGUAGGGUAGUAAGAGGCGUUCCGUUGAAUAUUGAUCUACCAGAGGGGUGCGUGGCAAACGUACUCUCCUUAACAACUCCUCAGGACGUAUGCCGGCUCUCUGCUGUCUCUCCCAUUUUCAAGUCGGCCGCCGAAUCUGACGAUGUUUGGCAGAGAUUCCUGCCUAACGAUCUUGAAUCCAUCCUGUCUACUGCCCUUGAUGGUUCUCUCCUGCUGUCGUCUGCUUCUUCCAAAAAAGAAGUCUACUUCAGUCUCUGUGACAAUCCCAUCAUUGUUGACCAUGGGAGAAAGAGCUUUUCAUUGGAGAAAAAGAGUGGGAAGAUAUGUUACGUGCUUUCUGCAAGGGAUCUCGUGAUUACAUGGCGUGAUACUCCUAUGUACUGGACAUGGAAUUCUAAUUCUGACUCUAGAUUUGCAGAAGUGGCUGAGCUUAUUAAUGUGUGUUUGUUUGAAAUCCGUGGCAAAAUCAAUACUUGUUUGCUGUCCCCAGCAACAUUAUACACAGCAUACCUCGUGUUCAAGUUUGCAUCAAGAAUUGAUGGAUUGGAUAACCAACCAGUUGAUGUCACAAUGAAACUGAAUGAAGGCGAAUGUGGGGCACAGACUGUUAGCUGGAAUGCGCAUGGAAGGUUCAGGUCCACAUCUGUAACUGUCAGAGGUAAGGUGCAUUAUCCAAAGGAAAGAGGAGAUGGGUGGUUGGAGAUGGAACUCGGUGAGUUCCUUAGCAUGAAAGGGGAGGAUGGAGAACUGGAAAUAAGGCUUUGUGACGCUUCUGGUCACUGGAAACGCGGGUUGAUUGUGGAAGGGAUUGAGAUCAGACCAAAAGAUGUUUCCAGGGCAGCUAGUCCAAGCAGUUAAAGAUUCACACACUGGACUUCAUCUGAAAUGUGCAAGUUUACUUGGAGAAGCCGAGUUUGUUCCAUCAGUUUCCAAAUUCCAACCACGCUGCUAAUGUUGAAUCAGAAUCACUAAUGGACAGAAGUCAUUCUGUUGAAUAAUAAGUUAAAAAUUAUCCUAAUCGAUGGAAAGACUUCUCAAAUCCAUAAGUUUAUUAUAUAAACUCUAUGUUAUUUUGUUUUAUAAUCAAAUACCUGUGUAAAUUCUAGGAGCUGUCAAGGAGUCGAGGCUUAGAAGACUAUCAUAUUAUUAUUAUUAUUAUUAUUAUUAUUCACGUGUGCUAAAAGGACUUGUUAUUAUUAUUACUAUAACAGUGAAAUAUCAAGGCUUAUGCACUUUUUAGUCUUCGAAA